GAGGCAGCGGCAGCUGAGAGCCAGAGCAGAGGAGCCACACAGCAACACACACACACACACACACACACACACCACACACAUUAAACACACAACCACACAGCACCACCGCCACACGGGCCUCUCUGCUCACACCGGAGGAAAGCCGCUUCACCGGAGUAACAUGCUGGCGCUCCGGCCGUCUCAUUAACCCAUCCGCCCGAUAAACAGGCUGCUCAGCGGGCUUCAUACCCUGAACCUCCAGCAGGACCCCAGAGCUGCAGAGGGAACUUUUUAAAAAUAUCUUUAAUUGAAGGCCUGUUGGAUUCUGUGUAGCAGCCAUGGGCAGCAAGACUCUGCCAGCUCCAGUCCCUCUGCACCCAUCCCUCCAGCUGGCUAACUACGCCCUCCUGCAGAGCUCCACAGGCCUCCAGCUACCAGCAGAUCAUUUUCACAGCAUAUAUAGCUUCAGUGCCCUACAUGCCAUCCACCUCCACCAGUGGACACUCGGCUACCCACCUUUAGCCCUUCCCCGCUGUACCAUCUCCAAGCUGCCUGCCCAGUUCUCUUCCAUGGCCUCCAUGGCCUCUAUCCCCUUGUUCCCUCACUUCCUGCAGCCCAAGCAGGAUUCAGGGGGGCUGCUGCAGAGCUCCAAGAACAAACCCCGUUUUGACUUUGCCAACCUGGCAGCAGCAGCCACCCAGGAGGAUCAUCUGAAGGCGGAAGACCUGAGCAUGACGGGUGCUGCUGCUGCCGCAGCAGCGCAGGCUUCAUCUCAUCACCCGACCUCAGCCAGCCAGGGAUGCCUCCAUGUGACCAAACUCUCCUCACUGGAGCGCAAGUCCAGCCGAGGCCGACUGCCCUCGAAGACCAAGAAAGAGUUUGUCUGCAAGUUCUGUGGUCGCCAUUUCACCAAAUCCUAUAACCUUUUGAUCCACGAGAGGACGCACACGGACGAGAGGCCAUAUACCUGUGAUAUCUGCCACAAGGCUUUCAGAAGACAAGACCACCUCCGGGAUCACAGGUACAUUCAUUCCAAAGAAAAGCCCUUCAAAUGUCAGGAGUGUGGGAAGGGCUUCUGUCAGUCCAGGACUCUGGCUGUCCACAAAACAUUACACAUGCAGGUCAAGGAACUGAAGCCAGCCAAGAUCAAGUGAGUCACUCUGCCAGCAGGGGAGGACGGGGACACUGGAAAAACACGACCAAAGACAACAACACUCAAAGAACAAUCAAAGACUUCUUCAUCUCAACUGUUGGAGGCAAAGCGCUCUGCUUCUGUGGGAAUACUCCUUAACGAUGAAAUAUUUCACCAGCCAGUCCUUAAAGGAAUAAUGCAGAAAUAAGCCUUAGUGGAGAAGUGUAUACUUAGUUAUCAAAGCCUGACUUGGCAAUGGAUGUGUGGAAUGUGAAAUGAAAAACAACCUUGUGGCUGCUCAGUGCAAAUACUUUGCUCAGAAGCUUGUAAUCCAAAGACUUUAUAAAAGGGACACAACUCUUAUGCAUUUUUUUUUACAAAAACUGAGAAUGAUCAAAGCCAUGUUAACACAUUUUCCUCCUUUUCAAUAUCACAUCCCAAUGUUAUUUUUGUAUCGAUGCAUUAUAUCAAAAAUGUAUUUUUGCACUUUAACCUGAUUAUUGAUUAUUUACAUAUAUCACUGGAUUUCUUAAACUUAUUUUCAAAACGAAUAAUCAUUUCUAAAUAAAAUAUUUUUACUUUAA